AUGCCAUCCUACCGCAUAGAACUCGCCUCUACUGGCCGUGCAGGCUGCACCAACAAAGAAUGCAAGGACAACAAGGUCAAAAUCCCCAAGGGCGAGUUGCGAUUCGGCUCUUGGGUCGACAAUGGCAAAUUUCAGGCGUUCUUCUGGAGACAUUGGGGUUGUGUGACGCCCAAGAUCGUCGGCAAUAUUAAUGAUCUUAUUGGGGAAGGUGAUGACAAAGACCUCGAUAUGCUUGAUGGCUACGAGGACCUCUCACCUGAGAUCCAACAGAAGAUUGAGAGGGCCCUGGACCAGGGUCACGUUGAUAAUGAAGACUGGAAUGGCGACCGUGAAAUGAAUGUACCCGGGUCGAAUGGCUUCCGGGUAAGGACACUCAAAAAGAAUUCCAAGGCCGCAGACAAGGAGGAAAAGGACGGAGAAACUGAGGAAGAGGAAAAACCCAAGUCCUCGAAGACCAAGAAGCGUAGCCAUGCCCAGGUUGAUGAGGAUGCAAAGGACGCAGGGACCGCGGAGCCCAAACGACCUAAGCGGAAGUCCGCAGGCGCUACAAAGAAAGCAACUGUCUCAUCCGAAGAUGAAGAUGAGAAUGACGAUGUUCCCGAGUCUCCGGAACCAAAGGCCAAGGCUUCGAAACGGGGCCGUCAGCCCAAAGAAUCGAAGCCUGCUGCCACUACUGGUGCGAAGCGCGGAAGAAAGGCCAAGGGUGCCGAUGACGACGCUGAAUCUGAGCCUGCUGAGGAGAAGCCCAAGCGUGGACGUAAGAAGAAGACUACUUGA